AAAGAUAAACCCCUUCACAAACUCACGCUCACCUCCUCGUCCCUUCUUCUGCCCUCUCUGCUGCUCCUCGCUUGUAGCGAGAGUGAAAGGACUCGCUGGUGCUCCAACCCCACCUUCCACCCCACGAGCUCUUCACACUUGCCCUACACACCGUCUUCUUCUUCGUCUUCUUCACGUCUUUUCCCAGUCGGAUUCUUGAAUCUUCUGUUUGCCCUUUAAAUUGAAUCGCGGAUAGCGUCCCACAAUCUUCGGGCGGCUUCGUCCUACUCUCCAGCUUCUCAUUUCAAUGUGCAUACGGAGAGUUGGCGGCUAGUUUUCGAUCAGUCCGAGUUAAUAAAUGGGAAAGAAAGCGAAGAAGAAGGGCAGGACCCCUAUUAGGGAAAAGCCGGUUGCUAACCAUAUUCAGAAAACUGUGCCCCCACAAAACGUUGCUGAGAAUGAGAUUGCCAAAGGCCAUCCAGUUCAGAAUGAGAGUAAAACCUGUGCCCACCUGGAAAAGGGUUUUGAUUUGAAUGCUUUCUCUGUGAAGAUCAGAUCUUCUGAAUUGUUAAAGUGCGAGGAUUGUAGAGAAGGUGUAGCUGAUAGGAGAGGGAAUAAGGGAAAGGGUAAACAGGGGAAGAAGAAGAAAGGUGGUGCUUCAACAAACUCAAAGUCCGAGUCCAGAGCCAUAUGGGUUUGCUUGGAGUGUGGGCAUUAUGCCUGUGGAGGGGUCGGUUUUCCGACAACUUCUCAAAGUCAUGCUGUUCAGCAUGCAAGGCAAACACACCACCCGUUGGCAAUCCAACUUGAAAAGCCUAGCCUUCGGUGGUGCUUUCCAUGCAGUGCACCAAUCCCGAUUGAUAAAAGUCAGGAAAAUGGCGAACAACAGGACGAUCCGCUUGCAGAAGCCGUGAAGCUAAUUAAAGGGCGGUUUAUGCAAGCGCCAUCUGUAGAUAUUGAAGAUGUUUGGUUUGGAAGUGGCAGUGUUACCAGCGAAGUGAAUUUGACAAGCAGUGUCUCCAGCUGUUCAGACGGAAGAGGUGCUUAUGUGGUAAGAGGAAUGGCUAAUCUUGGGAAUACUUGCUUUUUUAAUUCAGUUGUGCAAAAUCUUUUAGCCUUGGAUAGGCUAAAAGAUUAUCUUGGGAAGCUGGACACAACUGUUGGACCUCUCACUAUUUCGUUGAAAAAACUUUUUUCAGAAGUAAAGAUGGAAAAUGGAGUGAAAAAUGUGAUUAACCCAAGAUCCUUAUUUGGAUGUAUCUGUUCCAAGGCUCCUCAGUUUAGAGGAUAUCAGCAGCAUGACAGUCAUGAAUUGCUCCGUUGCUUACUGGAUGUGUUGUCAGCUGAGGAGUUUGACGUGAAAAAACAGUCAAAACUUCCCCAAGAGGGUGGAGUUCCCCAUAAUCAGAAUGUGACUUUUGUCAACGCUGUCUUUGGGGGCCAGAUAUCAAGCACCGUUUGCUGUGUUGUUUGUGGGUACUGCUCUACUGUGUAUGAGCCAUUCCUAGAUCUCUCAUUGCCUGUUCCCACCAAGAAAUCUCCACCUAAAAAGAACCAGCCUAUUUCUCGAGCAAAGAAAGCAAAAAUACUGCCGAAAAAAGGUUCACGGAUACGGCCAAAGAUUAACAAAGAUUCAGAAUCCAUUACAGCUCAUAGUGUUUCCAGUGCAUCAGCGAGUGCACAAUCUACCACACAUCCUAUAGACACUGUUGCUUCAUCAAGUGAUUCUAGGAUUGAAACUUCUUCUGGCUCAGGUGCUGCAGUUGAUGACAGAGUUACUUUUCCACCAGAUCACUUGGCUAUCAAAGACCAUGAUAACACACCUCUCUCUGGAAAAGAGACAGACACAAUAGCUGCUUCUACCGAAGAGUUUACAUGGAUAGAUUACCUUGAUCCUGGGGUUCAGAUCUUUCAGAAAGAGUUGGAGCAGCAUGCUGUUCCAGCCGAUGAUCCGGCAUGGUUGGACUAUCUUGAUUCACAACCAUCAUCAAGUGAAAUUAAUUUUUACUCACAAGAUAAUGGGUGUAGACAGGUCCAGGGAGAUGGUGUUGCAGAUGUGGCUGAUCAUGGCUCACAAAAAUAUCACUUUUUAAGGGAUAGUGUUAAUGAAGCAACUGAUAUAACAGAGGAAAUAUCUUCCAGAAAUUCCUGGGAAGAUGAGACACCAUUGCAGGUCCAAGAUUCUGAAGUCCUGUUGCUUCCAUAUGAAGAAAACACGUCAACUACGGGCGACAUCACUAGAGAAGGUGUGACAUGUUCGAUGGCCUACACACAAGACGAAUCAGAAUUUGAUGGCUUUGGUGACAUGUUCAAUGAGCCUGAUGUUGUUUAUGGGCCUGUUGCCGGUCCUUCUUUAGGUGGUGAUAAUUUUCAGACAAAUGAAGUUGCAGACUCUGGUUUGAUGGCUGGAAACAGCAGCGAGUCUGAUCCUGGGGAAGUUGAUAAUUCAGAUUCCCCUAUAUCCAUUGAGAGUUGUUUGACUGACUUCACUAAGGGGGAACUUCUUUCUAAUGAUAAUGCUUGGGACUGUGAGAAAUGUUCAAAAACUCUGCGACAACAGCAGCUUGAAUCCAAGAAGAAGAAGCAGGAAAAUUGUGUAGCAAGCUUAUGCACCUAUGGAUUUGAGACAGGAAGCCAAAUCAUUUCAGCUGAUUCAAGUUCAGUAUCCUUCUGUCCAGCUGAGGCCCAAAAGUUUAGCAAUGGAAGUAGCGAAAAUGAUGAUCACUCCGUCGACACUAAUCACAAAGAAGUUAUCCUUCAAAAUGGGAAGCUCGAUAUACCAUGUCAUGUGAGCUCAAGUGAUCAAGCCACUGGGUCUUGUGCAGGUCAUGAACCUAGUUGUACUGGAACGAUUAUGGGAAAACUUCGACAGGUCAAUCCCGUGUUGGCUACAAAAUGCGAAAUGGAGAUAGUUGACAAAGAAGCAGAUUCAGGAGCUGUGAAAGUGAAGAGGGAUGCAACUAAAAGGGUCCUCAUACACAAAGCUCCACCAAUCCUUACCAUUCACUUAAAAAGAUUCAGCCAGGAUGCUCGGGGUCGUCUAAGUAAAUUGAAUGGUCAUGUCAUUUUCAGAGAAACAAUUGAUCUGAGACCAUUUAUGAAUACGAGGGGGGAGGAGAAAGAAAAGUGUGUCUAUCGUCUCACUGGUGUUGUGGAGCACAUGGGGACCAUGCGUGGGGGCCACUACGUCGCCUACAUUCGCGGAGGUGAGAAGAGCAAAAAUGGAGCCGGGGCUUCCGUGUGGUAUCAUGCCAGUGAUGCGUAUGUGCAUGAAGUUACGAUAGAAGAAGUUCUUCGCUGUGAGGCAUAUAUCUUAUUUUAUGAGAUAAUUUGAAUCCAAUCUACAUUUUUGUUUUGGAUAUAUUUUUCUUGAUUCUUUGUCCCUCAAGAGCAUUGUGAGCCGUUUUGGAGGGAGAUACAAGAGAGAAGGCAGAGAGAGGAUAUAGAGGCUCAGUGAACAACAGGGUUGUCAUUUACCCUGAAUCAUAUACCCACUUUUUUCCCUUUUGAGGUUUAAUGAGCUGCAAAUUGCGUAGUUGUGAAAUUAUUUUUGGGGAAAUUUUCACUGAAUUUUUUUUUAUCAUAUCUUUCAGGCUUAAAUUGCAGUCUGGGAAUGCCUGCAGACGUACUUUGUCAAUGUUAAUGAGGAAAUGAUGUUUUGUCU